CUCCACUCAUCUUUUCUCGUUUAGAACCUCUAAAAUUUCCCCCACUCGCCAGUCGCAGCAGCACCUGUAGCAGUCAUGGACGCCAGCGGAGCCGGUAGCAAGGGGAAGAAGGGGGCGGCCGGGCGCAAGGCAGGCGGCCCCAGGAAGAAGUCGGUGACGCGGUCCGUCAAGGCCGGGCUGCAGUUCCCCGUCGGCCGGAUCGGGCGCUACCUCAAGAAGGGCCGGUACGCGCAGCGCGUGGGCACUGGCGCCCCCGUCUACCUCGCCGCCGUCCUGGAGUACCUCGCCGCCGAGGUUCUGGAGUUGGCAGGGAACGCGGCGAAAGACAACAAGAAGACGCGCAUCAUCCCGCGCCACGUGCUCCUGGCGAUCCGCAACGACGAGGAGCUCGGGAAGCUGCUGGCCGGCGUCACCAUCGCGCACGGCGGCGUCCUCCCCAACAUCCACUCCGUGCUCCUGCCCAAGAAGGCGGCGGAGAAGGCGGCCAGCGGCGGCAGCAAGGAGCCCAAGUCCCCCAAGAAGGGCGCCAAGUCCCCCAAGAAGGCUUAGAAAGUAGGGUCUUCAUUUGCGCUGUGUGCUGUAGCAUGUUCGUGUCUAGAUCUGUGGAUGGGAUGUGUCCUGCUCUAGUAUCGUCCUUGUGUCUUAUUGUAUGUUCGUCUUCAUCGAGAAGAUCUUCAGCAGUCAGAGCUCGUUGUGUACUAAUGUUCCCCCAUGUUCUGUUUCUCGUUCUGAUUCUGCAAUUCGUCAUAUUGUUGAAUUUAAUGGUUAUGUGGAAUCGCU